AUGGCACGAGGCACGGUGUCACGGGUGGUGCAGCAGGCGAUGGAGCCGCGGCCGACGACGCUGCAGCUGGGCGUGGGCAUGGUGGUGGUGGCCGUGCUGGCUAAACUCGCCAUGCUCUACGACGAGUCCAAGGAAACAGAGAGAGUGGCGCGGCGGGCGAGGCGAUUUGCAGAGGAGCAGGAGGAACUGGAGGCGCUGAGUCGGGAGGAGUGGGAUGCGGUGAAAGCAGCACGACCUCAGACGCCCUAUGAGAGCGCCUUGACUCGCUCAGGGGCACGCAUCCGCACGGGAUCAUGGCCGUCCGUGGGCGAAGCAUGCAGCUGGGCAAGUGUUGUGUUGACAGAUGCAAUGAAGCGAGUAGAAAGCGGCGAUAAGUCGAGAUAA